AUGGCUUCCAAACUAUCAAUCCUCUCACUGGUAGUCCUACUAGGCACACUUCUGUAUCAAUUUGUUCUCCGCGAACUCCUGUUCGCGACUCUUGGAUUGGGGCGUGUCAUUCUCCCCGUCUCCGAGUUUCCAUAUAAAUGCCACAGAAUCACGGGCGAUCACAAUAUCCAAGCGUGUGAGGAUAUGUGGUUGGACACGCAGUCAAGGACUUUAUAUCUUGCUUGUUCGGACGCGCUCUCCAGAAGAGAUUGGAUGCCCAAUGUUCACCGCUUGAACGCCUCCGGACGAGGUCUGAAUGACCACGUUGUCGCUAUGGACAUCGAUAACCCCUCAACCACAGGAAGUUUCACAUACCGAGUCCUCAAGACUCCAGGGUACAGUGGUGUUUCUGGUGAUGGAAAAUUACAGGUAGUGAGCGUGUCGGGUAUCAAGUCUGCAGAUGCAUCCACAAAUCAUCUCUACCUGGUCAACAACCGCCCAUCUGCUGAUCCGAAGACCGGCGUGUUGCUCGACAACACCAAGACUGGCGCCAAUACGACUAUCGAUGUCUUCUCGACCACUCCUGGUUCAGACCUCAUGAAACACGUAAAGACUUUUGCUGAUGCUCAAAUUUCAACUCCUAACAACGUCGCGGUGACCAAGGAUGGCGGAUUUUUCUUCACCAACGAUCAUGGUCCCCAUAAGUUUGGGUUGCAACAUCAUCUCUCUCCAGUUCUUGCUACUGGUGAUCUCUCGUACUGUUCAUCGACUGGUGUCUGCAAAAAGGUCGCAGGAGGUUUCAAGUUCCCCAAUGGACUUCACCUUGCAAGCGAUGGGCUGCUGUAUGUUCCAGGUGCUGCCGCAGGGGGCAUCACCGUCUUCAAACCCGCCCCAGAUGGAUCUGCAACGAAAGUCCACUAUAUUGAUUUGAACUACCCGAUUGACAAUAUCUCUGAAGACACGAAUGGUGAUCUCUUUGCCGCGACGCUGCCCAAAUUGAUCUCGGGUCUUGCAGGUUUCGAUGAUCCUCUGAAUGCGCCAACCCCGCCUGCGACCGUGUGGAGAGUGAGGAGAUUGGAUAGGGAGGUUGCGGAUAAAUACGAGUAUUCGCUAUCGAAAGUCAUUGAGGAUCGGGAUGGGGAAGCCCUCCCAGGCACAACCACCGCUAUUCACGAUGCAUUGACCGGAAGAUUGUUUUUAAGUGGUGAGACGUGA